AUUCAACGCCUCAUCCAGGCAAGCCAUUACUUAAUGAGCCAAUUCAACUUCACUAGCUAACAACUAAUUUAUCUAUUUUUAAAAUCCUACUGACACCAUGUUUUGCGGCUAUUUGCUUCUUCGCUUAAUAUGUUCAUCAGAUUUCUAUGUAAUUAACUGAGGAAUGCCUUGCACUCUACGGUUUGUUAACAUGUCUCCGUGUGAUUACUUGUAGCUUAAGUCUACUGUCUAAUUUCUUCUAAUGGCUCAGCUAGUUGGUCUUGAUGAAAUAGAGUCAUUCAGGAAUGAGUUAGCAGAGGGAGGAAGCAUAAAAUCCUCAUUCAGAAGUAGUCGUCGUGUUUCGUUUAGAAGUAGUCGUCAUGUUUCAUUUGGUAGUCAUCAUGCUUCAGGAUUGAGUUCACCUGUGGUUUCUGAGCAUCAUGAAGAAGAAAUUCAGUUGCAGUGGGCUGCUAUUGAAAGAUUACCUACCUAUCGAAGAAUUACUACUGCUCUAUUUGCAGAGGAACCAAACGCCUCGGAUGCUAAAGCCAAAAGAGUUGUUGAUGUUGCCACAUUUGGAGCUCAAGAGCGACACAUGUUCAUAGAAAAGCUAAUCAAACAUAUCGAACAUGACAAUCUACGAUUACUGAAAAAGCUUGGAAAAAGAAUUAACAAAGUUGGUGUACAACUACCCACCGUAGAGGUGAGAUACAAGAAUCUGUGGGUUGAAGCAGAGUGUAAGGUUGUUCAUGGCAGACCUCUUCCAACUCUUUGGAACACUGCUAAAAGCGUGCUUUCAGAGUUUUUCAAUAUAGCUUGUUCAAAACAAGAAGCCAAGAUUAGCAUAUUAAAAGAUGUCAAUGGCAUUAUAAAGCCAAGCAGGAUGACUUUACUGCUUGGUCCACCAGGUUGUGGUAAAACUACUUUCUUAUUGGCAUUGUCUGGGAAAUUGAGCCAAUCUCUGCAGGUUAAAGGAGAUAUAUCUUACAACGGAUACAAAUUACAAGAGUUUGUUCCUCAAAAGACCUCAGCUUAUAUAAGCCAAAAUGACCUGCAUAUUCCAGAUAUGACAGUUAGGGAAACAAUUGAUUUUUCUGCUCAAUGUCAGGGAACUGGGAGCCGAGCUGAAAUCAUGAAGGAAGUGAGCAGAAGAGAGAAGGAGGCAGGGAUAAUCCCAGAUACCGAUGUGGAUGCUUACAUGAAGGCAGUAGCAGUGGAAGGACUGGAAAGUAAUCUUCAGACAGACUACAUUUUGAAGAUUUUGGGACUUGAUUUUUGUGCUGACACAAUGGUUGGGGAUGCGAUGAGAAGGGGUAUCUCUGGUGGUGAGAAGAAACGGUUAACCACAGGAGAGAUGAUUGUGGGACCUACAAAAGCACUAUUCAUGGAUGAAAUAUCAAACGGCUUAGACAGUUCCACUGCUUUUCAGAUUGUAUCCUGUCUUCAGCAUUUAGUGCAUAUUACAGAUGCUACGGCAUUGAUUUCGCUUCUCCAGCCAGCACCAGAAACCUUUGAUCUAUUUGACGAUGUCAUUCUGAUGGCUGAGGGAAAGAUUGUUUAUCAUGGUCCACGUCUCAGUAUCUGCGAAUUCUUUGAGGAUUGUGGGUUCAGAUGCCCUGAAAGGAAAGGAGUUGCUGACUUCCUUCAAGAGGUUAUCUCUGUAAAAGAUCAGGCUCAGUAUUGGUGUCGCACAGAUAAACCGUACAGUUAUGUUUCUAUCAAUCAGUUUGCUAAGAAAUUCAAUGGAAGUCAUCUUGGCCAGAAACUAAACGAGGAGCUUUCAGAGCCAUUUGCAAAGUCUGAAAUCCACAAGAGUGCAUUGUCCUUCAAAAAGUACUCAUUACCAAAAGGCGAGCUAUUUAAAGCUUGUGCCAGGAGAGAGUUUCUUCUAAUGAAGAGAAAUGCCUUCAUCUAUGUGUUCAAAACUGUACAGUUAGUGAUUGUUGGUGCAAUUACAAUGACAGUUCUACUACGCUCUACAUUAUCUGUUGAUGUGAUCCACGCGAAUGAUUACAUGAGUGCCAUGUUCUAUGCACUCAUCCUAUUACUUGUUGAUGGAUUUCCAGAGUUGCAAAUGACCGUCGUAAGACUUGCAGUUUUCCAUAAACAGAAAGAGUUGUGCUUUUACCCUGCGUGGGCUUAUGUUAUUCCUGCUACAAUUCUUAAAAUUCCCGUUUCAUUCUUGGAAGCUUUAGUUUGGACGUCUCUUACUUACUAUGUUAUUGGUUUCAGCCCUGAGGCUGGAAGGUUCUUCCGCCAGUUUCUUCUACUUUUUGUGGUACACCUAACAUCGUUAUCCAUGUUUCGCUUUAUCGCCUCAGUCUGCCAAACUAUGGUAGCUUCAACAACUAUAGGGAGUCUCUUUAUAUUAAUUAAUUUCUUGUUUGGCGGCUUCAUAAUCCCGAGGCCAUCUAUGCCUGCUUGGUUGGACUGGGGAUUUUGGAUUGCCCCAUUGACCUAUGGGGAGAUUGGAUUGUCUGUGAAUGAGUUUCUUGCUCCUCGUUGGCAGAAGAUUGCCUCUGACAACAUUACUAUAGGACAACUAACUCUAGAAACUCGCGGAUUGAACUAUGAUGGUUACUUUUACUGGAUAUCUGUUGGUGCCUUAACAGGAUUUGUAGUCCUUUUCAACACUGGCUUUACAUUGGCAUUAACCUUUUUGAGACCUCCUGGAAGAUCGCGUGCUAUUAUUUCUUAUGAAAAAUACAAUCAACUGCAAGAGAAAGUAGAUGAUAAUGAUAAUAAUGCUGACAAAGACAACAUACAAAACUACGCUCAUCCUAUGUCUAGUCCAGGACCCAAUAAAGGAAGGAUGAUUUUGCCUUUUGAGCCCCUUACUAUAACAUUUCUGGAUCUGCAGUACUGUGUUGACACGCCUCUGGAAAUGCGAAAACGAGGUUUUGCAGAAAAGAAGCUUCAUCUGCUUUCUGACAUCACAGGUUCAUUUAGACCUGGUAUUCUUACAGCAUUGAUGGGUGCUAGUGGAGCUGGAAAAACAACUCUUAUGGAUGUUCUUUGUGGAAGGAAAACAGGUGGUACUAUUGAAGGAGAUAUUAGAAUUGGCGGGUACCCAAAGGUUCAGGAUCAUUUUGCUAGAAUAUCAGGUUAUGUUGAGCAAACCGACAUACAUUCCCCGCAAAUAACAGUAGAAGAAUCUUUGACAUACUCUGCCUGGUUGCGACUCCCAUCUGAGAUCGAUCCAAAAACUAAAUCUGAGUUUGUCAAUGAAGUCCUUGAAACUAUAGAGCUUGAUGGGAUUAAAGAUUCCCUGGUAGGCUUGCCAGGAGUAUAUGGAUUAUCUACUGGGCAGCGCAAACGAUUGACCAUAGCAGUGGAGCUUGUUUCCAAUCCAUCUAUCAUAUUCAUGGAUGAACCCACUACAAGUUUAGAUGCAAGAGCAGCUGCAAUUGUAAUGAGGGCAGUGAAGAAUGUAGUCGAAACCGGUCGAACAGUUGUGUGCACCAUCCACCAGCCAAGUAUUGACAUUUUCGAGGCAUUUGAUGAGUUGGUCCUUCUUAAAAUGGGAGGGCGAAUUAUCUAUUCCGGUCCGCUGGGACAACAUUCAAGCAGGGUCAUUGAUUAUUUUGAGAAUGUUCCUGGAGUGCCUAAGAUUAAGGACAAUUACAAUCCAGCUACAUGGAUGUUAGAAGUUACAUCCAAAUCUGCAGAGACUGAACUUGGCGUAGAUUUUGGACAAAUAUAUGAAGAGUCCACAUUGUAUAAGCAGAACAAAGAAUUGAUUAAGCAACUGAGUUCACCAAUGCCUGGUUCAAAGGAAUUGUUUUUUCCUACCCGUUACCCGCAAAGUGGUUGGGAACAAUUCAGAGCAUGCCUGUGGAAACAUCACUUAUCGUAUUGGAGAAGUCCUUCGUACAAUCUGACUCGCAUUGUUUACAUGGUUGCCGCAUCUAUCCUAUUUGGCGCACUGUUUUGGCAGAAAGGACAAAAAAUAAAUAGCCAGCAAGACAUGUUCAUCAUGAUUGGCUCAAUGUACAUUACAAUAAUCUUCUUCGGCAUAAACAAUUGCUCCUCAGUCUUACCAUAUGUUUCCACAGAACGAACUGUGUUAUACCGCGAAGGAUUUGCAGGAAUGUAUUCUCCAUGGGCGUACGCAUUUGCGCAGGUGGUGGUGGAGUUGCCAUACUUGUUCAUCGUAGCACUCAUCUACGUGGUCAUCACAUAUCCAAUGAUCGGUUAUUCCAUGUCUGCCUACAAAAUCUUUUGGGCAUUUUAUGCAUUGUUCUGCACAUUGUUGUGUUUCAACUACAUGGGAAUGCUGCUAGUAGCUUUGACACCAAACAUUCAAGUGGCUUCUAUUCUAUCCUCAUCCACCUACGUAAUGCUGAUUUUGUUCGCAGGAUUCGUUGUGCCAGAACCGCGUAUUCCGAAAUGGUGGAAAUGGUUAUACUACAUAUGUCCCACAUCUUGGAUGCUAAAGGGUAUGCUCACCUCACAAUAUGGAGAUGUUGAGAGAAAAAUAUUAGUUUUCGGCGAGACGAAAACUGUUUCGGCCUUUUUACAAGAUUACUUUGGCUAUGACCAUGACUUUUUAGGCGUUGUUGCUGCUGUUCUCAUCAUCUUCCCUUUUGUUUUUGCUUCUCUUUUUGCAUAUUUUAUAGGCAAAUUGAACUUUCAGAGAAGAUAAAUUAAUUUGUUCAUAAUCAUGUCUGAUUAGACAGUACAAUAUAGUUUUUUUUUGUGAAAAUGACAGUACAAUAUAGUUAAUCAUUUGAUAUGUUACAAAUAGAAUGAAGAAUCAAGAACUGUAUUGAACAUUAUAGUUACAGGAAAAAUAUAAGUCUUAAAUAUCACAUCCACAAUGGUUUCUGAA